ACAGGCGUCCACAAGGGGCAUUUUGGGGGAGGAGUCGGUGUGCAUGCCGUUCCGCUGCCACCAUGCUAAGGGCCGUGGCUGUCUGCUUGGCCUCUCUGGGGUCAGUUUUGGCGUCCGGGAAGGGGGAGUGCUUUUGAGGGCCCCCCCCUCAGCCACCACGUCUCUCCUUUGCCACAGUCAAGGCGGAUAAGAAGGCGGCCCAGGAGAAGAUGAUCCAGCAGGAGCAUGAGCGCCAGGAGCGGGAGGACGAGCUUCGAGCCAUGGCCCGCAAGAUCCGCAUGAAGGAGCGGGAACGCAGAGAGAAGGAGCGAGAAGAAUGGGAACGCCAGUACAGCCGACAGAGCCGCUCACCCUCCCCCCGUUACAGUCGAGAAUACAGCUCGUCCCGAAGGCGCUCAAGGUCCCGAUCUCGAAGUCCCCAUUACCGACAUUAGGCAGAAGCAUGGGGGGCAGGGGGGAUGGGGGUGGGGUGAGGGCUCAGGCUGUGAUGCUGCUGGGUUUAUCUCUAAUGAAAUAAAAUCACUCAUUAUUUAAUUCCAUUGACCUGGC